UAUUUAAAGUAAAGUCAGCGUUAGUUAAGGCAGUUUUUGACAUGUUAAUCUUGAUGUGUUUUAAAAGCUGUCAAUCACAUUACUGAGGCAGCUUGAAAGGAAGACUUAUAGUGAAGGCACAUACUUUUGGAUGUUCACGGUGUCUUCAUUUUACCCAAAACUAAGGUCUUCACAAUAGAUUUUUGAAUGUCUUAUUCUUUUAUUUGGGCCUCCUGAUUCAGUUCUUUACAACAGAAAAGUUGUUGCUGUCCCUUUGAAGCAUGACUCCACGGGAUCACAUGAGAAAAAUGUCUAUCCUAGGAGAACAAGGAACACUAGAAGAAAAGCACUUAUACCGAUUAGCAAGUGGCAUGGCAGCAGGAGAACUGCGGCAGCGGCAAGAGAUGCUAAUGAGAAAUCAGUUGAUGGCAGUAAACCCUCAGCUAAUGGGCGCAGGCCAGCAGAGAAUGCAGGCAAUUCCCUCCCAGUUUGAGCCUCGACUGGUAGACAGAGAUCUGUUGCCUUCAACUGAAAUGAUGGCAUCAGCUGAUCCAAGACAAAUCCAUAUUGCGUCGCACCUUGGACCCACAGUCCCACAGCACGCAAACAUGCCAAACAUAUUGUCCAACCGUGUUUACCCAGGCCCAGGAUAUAGCUUUCUGCAACCAGAAUCCAUGGAAGCUGUGGCCAGGAGACAGGAACUGGUUCAAAAGCAAAAUAUUGCCAGAAUGGAAAUGGAGAUGAGUGCUAUUUUUCAGCAAAAAGAAAUGGAGAAAGCUCAUCGGAAAGGGCUACUGGGCCUGGAAGCACCUUUCCUUUACCAUGGGAUGCCAGCUAGUCCCAUCGCUUUCCGUGGCAGGCACAGACUACCUGAAGGCCAUCUUCCCAGCGACUUAUAUGUUCAUCGUACCACCCUUGAUGAAAUUCAUGGCAACACUAUGCUCAUGGCAACCAGCCCAUACCCUCCAGUCAGCACUUUGCAAAGGGAGAGGGCACGUCGACCAGGGAGGAGAGCUGGAAAUCACAAAACUGCAGACUGUAGUGCCAAUGGCACAAAGAACCAAGCUGAUGACAAAACUACGGACCCUGCUUCAGCUGCAGCGGAUGAUGAGAAAGAAGACAAGAAAGAAGCAGAGGUGGAGACACCAAACAAACUUGAACAAAGCAAAAACCAGACUGAGCCAUCUGCAGUUGCCAAAAAUUGUAAAGAGUUUGAACAAGGCUUGAGAAAAAACUGUGCUACUCAUGAAAUUUCUACUGAAACCAACAGCUGCAGCAACACAAAUGAGAAGGAAUCUAAUAGCUCCUGUGCUGCUUUUGAUGAGAAGUACAUGUACCCUUCUGCAAUCCCAUUCUCAGCAUUGCCAUACGGAUUUCCAGUACCCAGCAACCCAUUGCUACCUUCAGGAGCACAAGGCCUGAUCCUGAAUGGAGAAGACAUUUCUUCCAUUGAAGACAUUCGCAAGUGGACUGUUGAUGAUGUAUACAACUUCAUCGUUAGCCUCCCAGGCUGUUCAGAUUAUGCCCAGAUAUUUAAAGACCACGCUAUUGAUGGAGAAACCCUCCCACUGCUAACAGAGGAACAUCUCCUGGAUACAAUGGGAUUAAAACUCGGACCAGCAUUGAAAAUCCGCUCUCAGGUGUCCCGACGUUUGGGCAAUGUGUUCUACAUGAUGAAUCUUCCUCUGUCUGUGCCCCUGCCACCUGCUUCAGGCAAACCCUCAGAUCAGCCCUCCGACAUAGCCUCCCCUCUUCACUGCAAUAGCAGUGGCGAUACGCUGGAUAGUCCCUGCUCUCAGGACCCAGAAACUUCAAAAGCAGUGGAACAGAUCGUUUCAGAAAGCAGGGAAAACCCAUGUGACACAGCUGGAUCUCAGGCUGACUUCCAGAUGAUCACUUUUCAGAAAAGUUGAGCUGAGUCUAGGACAUAAACUAUUUUUAAUAAUACAGGAACCUCUAGUUACAGUGUUUGAGAAGAUAGCUACAGUCUGAAACCUCUGUAUGACGGGGGCUGAGUGAAAUAAUCUGCAAAUGUAGCAUGAGGAAGUAUGGUAUCUGAAAAGCAUUUAAAAAAUGCAACUACAUAUUAGUGCAAUUACUUUCAAGUGCAAUUCAUUGAAAAGAAUACUAGUACAGUUAACAGAUAAAUCUAAUUUUCCAUUGAAGUCCAGUGUGAUCACUGAAAUCUGUCACAGACUCAGUGCAUUGUCUGUCUUACAGCAUGUACCUGCUGAGAAACUACAAGGAAAAGUUACAGCUUCCACACAUAGCUGACUUCUGCAGAAAAUUUAUACGGAAUUCAUUGGGAGAGUAUGGAAUUACCUGCAGAAUGUAGAGAAAUACACCGUAGACUCAACAAUUUGAGUUAAUUCCAUUGCUAUUCUAGAACUAAGCCUUUCUAAGUGCCUGGGAAGGGUAUACAGGGUAUAGACGAGACACAUGGAUUAAACCCUGGACAUGAAUUUACAGUGUGUAACAGCAAUUUUAAUUACUCCGAGGCAUUCUUAUCGAUGGGGUUUGAAUUUGCUUUGCGUGAUUGCACAGCUGAGCUGAGUUUAGGAGGAAGCAGCAGCAGACUCUGCCACGAAGACCAGUCACUGGGUCAGUAACGUUCCUGCAGGCAGCAGGCUCAAAGCCACCCGGCUCCUGCCAACCUCUGCGGCAGCACCCUUCCCCUCAGGUCACCUGGGCAAGCCAUGGAAAGCCCUUCACUCAGCAGCAUGCUCAGUGUUCUUCAUUUUGGAAGAGGCCACCAAUGCUAGCCUGAAAGCUCCCCUUUCUCUGCAAAAAUACGGCUUCCCCUCACUUCUGCUACUGACAAGUCAUUACCUCACAGCAAACAAGAACCACAAAAUAGAGGUUUUAGCUAGGGAUAAAUCCCCAGCAUUUUAUUGUGAUUCCUGUGUGGAUUAUCCUUGUUCCCUCUUUAGGGGUUUGGUCACACAGUGGUCUUCCACUGAGGCUUUGGAAGUCAGUAUACUACAGUGCUGUCUUCCACUCUCUUUCUUGCAAGAACACUUCUUUACUCCAAAGAACACACAAAUUAUUUUUGAUAAAAUUAAUUUCUGUAAAUUGAGGGUUGAUAGAUUGCAGAUCUGCUGUAUAUUGCUACUUUAGGUUCUCUCCCCUUAGUUUAGUUUGUGUGGCCUCAAGUAUUUAAAAAUCAAAAGGUACACUGCCGUUCAGAUGGUGAGUGUCUAAACACACGAGGAGAGGGAGUACUCUCAUUUUAUACUGUGGGCACCUGUUCUUCUACUUUAGUCUGAGAUAAAUUAUUUUAUACCUUUGGUAUACUUGUGCACUAGGUAAUAUGUGAUUAGAUGUUUGCAACAACUUAAGAUGUUCAUCUUACUAUACUAUCCAAACUUUGCAGCCUUGAGACGAAGGGCAAAUAUCUAUAGUACUCCUUUUCUGAAGUAGCAAAGUCUUUCUGUAAAAGGAGUAGAGCCUGAUUCUGCUUUCACUGAAAAAUGCCACUGACAUGAGUUACGGCAGUUUUGGGCUCUGUGCAUGUAUCUUCAAAUACUGCAACUGGAGUAUAUGACCUUAGGGUUCAUCGAUAAAACCCAGUAAGGCCUAAUGCAAAAGCAUGGUAUGCUAUGCAGCAAAAUACUCCGAAGUUGCAGACAGAUCCUGAAGUAAUCCCCUCCUAAGUGAAGUGCUGACCUUCACAUCUGGUGAUCUGGUGAAAUAAUGGGAGUCUUUCCCAAGAGUCUGGAUAAUAUCUUAUGCAUGAUCUGUGGAUAUUCUUCAUAUAAGGAACUAUUUACUGAAUAUUCAAUAGUGUUCAAAAAAAGCAAAAUUAUAACCUAAAGCUGGAAAGUUUAAAUAUAACUCCAUAAGAUUGUUUAAAAGAAGGUGUACAACAGCAAUAUUAAUCUUGGACUGGCAAUUAGUUUCCUGUUCACUUACCUCACCCACCUCAAUUAAUUUCAAGAAGUGUUAACCUCUGUUAUCUUCAUUAACUUCUCUACAUUUUUUCAUGGCUUUAAAACUUAGUAAGGCAGCUUGGAGAGUUUUAUGUUGAAUUUGGUAAUGUAAAUGUUUACCAUUUCAGAUUUUGGAUUGAAACACAAUUGUCAAUGUAAAAAAAUCAUAUUCUGUUCGAAAUACUUUUACCUCUUACUUUAAGAUGUAACAUCUCAGAUUAGUUACCCCAGAAAAAAUGUUUUACAGUAGAUUUAACUAUUGUGAUUUGGUUUUGAUGUAGACUGUUCAUAUACCGUGAGGGAAAAGUAAAAAAUUUUUAUAUAGUAAAAGUGCUUGUUAAAACAAUAAAAAAAAAUAAAUAAAUCAGGGACACCAAUUCAGUUUAGCAUCUGAAACAACUUCUAACUUUUUUUUUUGUACAAUUGACGAUCACGUCGACAAUGUCACUUACCUAAUUAAACACAGUUGAUGAAUUGAUUUUCAAAUGGCAUCCUACCUCCGUCAUUGUAUGAAAUAUUUGACUUAAUCCACAUGAGACCUUCACCUUGGAAAUCUCUGAGACGUUUCCAGGCCAAUGAGGCCACGAGAUGUCGCUGCAAAGCUACGAGAUGUUAUCUACUACCCCUCCAAAGUGAAAUGCAGCACACCUGAAGUACAGGUGGCCUGUUAAGAGUAAGGAUAUGAAGAAAUUGAACUUGUUUUUCUAAAGUAACAGCAGAGGAACUUGACUUGAAAUUCCAUAUGCCAGGGAAGAAAGAUUGAAGUCUGGUUCUGAAGAGUGUGACUAGUUUUGUAAAUGGCUCAGACAUGAACAAUGCUAAAAGCAGAGAAAGCUAGGAUGCAAACUUUGCAGUCUGGUACUACUUCUGCAAUUAAAAAAACCCAUAGGAUCCUUUGCACAUACUGGGCUCUUCUUCCCAAAAUGACAAAAAGAAUGACUUCAUGGCUUCCUAUACUGGGGGGGCGAGAUGUGCCGGAGCAGUCAAAUGCAGUAAGGCCUG